UCCUCGGGUUGCGCAGCCGGACAGUGGCUGCAGGCGUCCUCUCUGGCUGCUCCCCUGCGCGGCGUGUUCGGGCGGCGGGAUGCGGGGUCCGCGCGCGGCGUGGCUGCUGGGGGGCGCCCUCCUGCUGGCAGCCGCGGCCUUGGGCGAUGUCGCGCGGCCAGGUGCUAGAGGAGUCAACAGAACCUCCAAGGGCAGAAGUCUCAUCGGGAAGAACCCUGGAGGCCCUCCAGUCACCAAAAAAGGAGUUACAGUGGCCCCGGGCUUUGCCGUGGACGAAGUCUCUGCGUCCAUCCUCACAGGGAAGCUGACAACUGUCUUCCUCCCAGUUGUCUACACAAUUGUGUUUGUGGUCGGCUUGCCUAGCAAUGGCAUGGCGCUCUGGGUCUUCCUUUUCCGGACAAAGAAAAAGCACCCUGCAGUGAUUUACAUGGCCAACCUGGCCUUGGCGGACCUCCUGUCCGUGGUGUGGUUCCCCCUGAAGGUCGCCUACCACAUACAUGGCAACAACUGGGUCUACGGGGACGCCCUCUGCAAGGUGCUCACUGGCUUCUUCUAUGGCAACAUGUACUGCUCUAUUCUCUUCAUGACCUGCCUCAGUGUGCAGCGCUACUGGGUCAUCGUGAACCCCAUGGCGCACCCCAAGAAGAAGGCCAACAUUGCCAUUGGGGUCUCUGUGGGGAUAUGGCUGCUGAUCCUGCUCGUCACCAUCCCCCUGUACGUCAUGAAGCAGACCCUCUACAUCCCAGCCCUGAACAUCACCACCUGUCACGAUGUCUUGCCCGAGGAGGUGCUGGUGGGGGACAUGUUCAAUUACUUCCUCUCCCUGGCCAUUGGCGUCUUUCUGUUCCCAGCGCUCCUCACGGCGUCUUCCUAUGUGCUCAUGAUCCGCGCGCUGCGGUCUUCUGCCAUGGACGAGCACUCGGCCAAGAAGAGGCACAGGGCCAUCAAGCUCAUCGUCACUGUCCUGGCCAUGUACCUCAUCUGCUUCACGCCUAGUAACCUUCUGCUUGUGGUACACUAUUUCCUGAUCAAGAGCCAAGGCCUGAGUCAUGUCUAUGCCCUGUACAUCACUGCUCUCUGCCUGUCUACCCUAAACAGUUGCAUCGACCCCUUCAUCUACUACUUUGUCUCUCAGGAUUUCAGGGACCACGCCAAGAAUGCUGUCCUGUGCCGCAGCGUCCGCACUGUGAAGCGGAUGCAGGUCUCCCACACCUCCACAAAGUUCUCCCGGAAGUCCAGCUCGUAUUCCUCAAGUUCAACCAGUGACCCCAGCCAGGCGCGGCCCACCUACCUCCGCAGGGGCAAAUUCCGGCGCAUCUGCAGGGCUCCGUUACAGUGA